AUGGGGACAGAAACAGUAUCGAAGGCCUUUUUGAGGUCUAGAAAUACUGGAAUUCUUCCAUCAAAUUCAGAGAUACAACAAGUAAAACUCUAUGCAUUGCCAGCUAAGUACCUUCAACCUAAAGUGGACACGGUGACGGAAGAAAGUAUCAUAGUAAAUUAUCAUAGUAAAGUAGUGAUCGUGACCGGUGCUAAUUCAGGAAUAGGCUUUGAAACAGCCAAAGACCUCGCUCAGAGAGGUGCUCGGGUUAUUUUAGCCUGCAGAAAUUUAGAGCGAGCCACAAAUGCAAAGCAGAGAAUAAUAACCUCUUCGAGAAAUAAAGAAGUUCAUAUUAUUCAACUAGAUCUGGAAUCAUUGACAUCGAUAAGAAAGUUUGUGGAUAAUAUUUAUGCGACCGAGAAACGACUCGAUAUACUGGUAAACAACGCAGGAAUUUAUUCAACUGAGAAUAAAAGAACAGUUGAUGGUUUGCUUUUAGGAAUGCAAGUAAAUUAUUUUGGACCAUUUUUGUUGACUUCCCUUUUACUGCCACUGUUAAAAAAGUCUGCACCAAGUCGCAUAAUUAAUGUUUCAUCAUUUUUGUACGGUUUAGGAAGAAUAGAUUUCGGAAACAUGAACAUGGAAAGAUGUUUUACAAAACAUCAAGUUUAUCGAAAUGCAAAACUUUGUACUAUGCUUAUGACUAUUGAACUAAAUCGAAGACUCAAGGGCACCGGAGUUACAGCGAACUGUUUACAUCCUGGUGUAGUUAACACGGAGAUGGUAAACAAUCUUAAUAAUAUUUUGAUAAGAACAUUCUUAAGAGGACUUAAAUCAUUUUUUAAGAGUUCGUGGGAAGGAGCUCAAACGACUAUAUAUUUAGCUGUGUCACCUGAGGUAGAAAAAGUAAGUGGAAGAUAUUUUAAAGAUUGUCAUUUAGCACAACUUAGUUCCAAAGCACUGAAUUUGGAUGUUGCUCGAAAGUUGUGGGAUGAAACAGAAAAAAUUACUAAAUUCAAAUAAUGAUUUCAAGAUUGCGUGUGUGAUAUUUUAAAUACUUUAUCAAACAAGUAAUUACUUUAUAUUGGGUAACUGGUAUUUUCAACCAUUGAUUCAAUGACGGAUCGUUUUUGGCAAACUUUUUUUUCAUUGGCACGUCAGAUCACCUGUCAUUGAAUCAAUGGAAGGUUGAUAAUCGGGUUCUAUCGGAUUUUGAAUAUAAAUGUUAACAUAUCCUCAUACAAAAAUAAUUAUGCAAAGAGGACAGGAGACACACAAAAAUAUAUCUAUAGAUAGAACAUCUGUCAGUUAUCUUUAGGUAUAUUCUUGGAUUCAAUGUUUUACUUUGGUAUCCUCGGAACGCUUAAUCGCUACGCGGCACGUCGUUUAAGAUAGGCUGUUAACUGGCAACUUUUACAUAAAAAAGGGCCGAAGCCUACCCAGAUAAAAUCUGAGCCUUUAAAUCAAUUUUUAGAGUUUUUAUACGACAAACUCUUUUAAAGUUUGGCAUUGUCUAACUAUAAAAACAUGCUAAUGAAGAAUAAUUUAAUAUUCAUAUAACUGGCUCGUUAGGAAAAUAAACGUUUUUUAAUGUUUUUAUGUUCUACGUCAAGAAAACUUAAAAAAACGCGCGCGGCACUUUCGUUGAAGCACAGCACUAGUACAGACAUUAUUAUUGUGCUACGGUUCGAAGAUUUGGAAUAAGAGCACCUGAUGACUGUUAUAAGACUUUAUUCUUCACAUUAAUUUCAAGUUUACAGGACACACUUCCAAUCGCAGGUGACUGAUAGCUGAGGUCACUAGGAUUCACAAUAAGGACCACUUGUCUCGUUUUUAAACUUGUUUCGUUUUUAAACUUGAUGUGUGUCCGCUUUAAUACCUUAUGGGAGGCCUAGAACCUUCUUAACUCGGAAAUCAUAAACAAAAGGAAAGUUCCAGGAACGUUUCGAAUUAUGACUAUCUCGGAAUUACUUUACUGUUGUAGGAGUAGUAUACAUGUUUAAAUUGUAUUAUUGUUUUAUCAGUG